CAGAUUGUCAAAUUCCAUUCUGUCAAGUCAAUCACAAUCAAUGUCAAAAUAAAUAACAUAACCUCCAACAUACAUCGUGUUAAAAUAUUGUGGUAAUUAUGGCUUAAGUUGUAAUCAUGGGAGUCCGAGGUUUAACUACUUAUAUUAGCCAUAAACAGAAUUCUUUCCUACAAGACUUCUUGUUACAUGACUCUUCUCUGGUAAUAGAUGGGCAUAGUUUGUGUGCCCAGUUGUACAGAUUACAGCAGAACUGUUUCUCAGCGUUUGGUGGAGACUAUGAUAAAUUCGCAUCAUAUGUACGAAACUUCUUUAAAAAUUUGAAGAAAUGCAACAUUACUCCUUAUGUUUUGUUCGACGGGAGCUACGAAAAUAGGAAAUUGAAAACUGCGUACAAUCGAUUGAGAUCUAAAAUUUAUGGCGCUUCGAAUCUCGAUCCGGUUACUCAAGGAAGCCUACAGAUCUUCCCUCUGCUAGUUCGUGAUGUUUUCAUUGAAGCCUUGAUUGAUAUGAAUGUGCCUUAUACAGUGUGUGAAUUUGAAGCUGAUGAUGAAGUGGCAGCGAUGGCUAGACACUUGGAAUGUCCUGUGUUAAGCUACGAUUCAGACUUCUACAUAUACAAUGUCUUGUAUAUUCCAUUCAACACAUUAGAUUUUAAAGCUAAGCCAAUAGAAAUUGAUGGUACAAAACAUUUUGCUUUAGAAUGCAAAAUCUUCAGAGUUGAAUACAUGCUCAAAAACUAUGGAGGAUUACAAGAAGACCUGUUGCCCUUACUAGCAACUCUAUUAGGCAAUGAUUAUGUUAAGAAGAAAGUGUUCAGAAAAUUCUUCUAUCAAAUGAAACUAACUAAAACUAGGAAAAAAACAAAUGAUCAACAGAAAUGCAUUCAUAGUUUGUUUCAAUGGCUGCAAAAUGAGACAUUGGAGACAGCCAUACAAAAAAUACUGGGCCGAUUGAGAAAGAGACAGAAGGGAAUAACCCUUGCUCUCAUAAAGAAGAGUAUCAACGGGUACCAUAGCAAACAUUGUAGAUCUCUAAAGUAUUUUAAUAUCAAUGUGGAAGACACUCCUGAAUCAGACUGGCAACUGCCUGAAAACUUUGAAGAAGACAUGUUGGCACAAGGUGAAGAUGAUAAUGAGAAUGAAAAUGAAUCUUCAGAAGAUGAAGAGGUUUCCUCAGAAAAUGAGGAGGAACAAGAAGAAGAGAAAGAUAAAGAAGAAGAGGAAGAAGAAGAGGAAGAACAAGAAGAUAAAGAUAAAGAAGAAGAGGAAGAAGAAGAAGAGGAGGAAGUUGAAGAUAAUGUAACAAAUUCUGAAGAUGACCAGUUAAAUCUUGGUGUACCAAAAUGGUUUGCAGAAGGAAUUCGACAGAAUCAUAUUCCAAAAGGAUAUAUUAACCUGUACACACAUCAUCUGCACUUUUGCUCACCCCAAGCAGAAGAUUAUGAUGAAGAUGACUCAUUCUUAUGUUGUCUACCAAUUCUCAGAUAUGCUUUUGAUCUUUUAACUGAUUACUCAAAGAAAUACUGCGUAUAUGUUAGUAGACAAAAGGACCUCUGCUACAAAAGGUUAUUUAUCAAAAAUGAUAUUGGUACUUCAAGACUAUUUGAUACACCAUUCUCUGACCUAACAGAAGAUCAAUUGAAAUCAUGUUUUGAACACUUUUUAAAAGAAAAAUUAAAAGGAUUUGAAUUGAAAUUUGUGGAACAAUUACCAUCUAAUUUCCAGUUGUUUUUUAUUGCUAUCUUAUGGUGGGUGGCAAACUGUGAAGUACCUUUAGGCAAUGUACACAGUCUCCUAAUGUGCUAUGUAAUGUUGGACGCCAUUGAUGAAAAAACAGGAACUUUUAGAGGGCAGUUUCAAUUCAAUAACAAAUAUUCUAAAAGAGUUGAAGAGUUAAAAAAGGAUGCUACACCCCUCGUAUUUGACGAAAAUGAAUUGUUUUUCAAUAAAAACAAAGUGCAGUAUGAAGACUCUUUGAUAGCUGCACAUGUUUUGCUGAAACAUUUUGAGUUGGAUGAUAAGAUAAAGAAGAAGCCUAAAAGUUAUGACAAAAAGAAGAUGCAAUCUUUUGCCCAAUUUCAAUGUUGUUUAAGCCAGAUCAAUUAUUUAAAUAUUCUCUGUAGGAGCCCUUUUGAGAGUACAAAGUAUUCAAAAAGUUUUAAUGGCACUUUUGUUUAUAAUAUAGCAGUGAAAUUGGAAAAUCAGAUAGACCCUAAGGCAUUUUUGGAGCAGUACAUUAGAGGUGCUAACUCUGUGUUAUUGUUUUAUAAGAGCUUAAGCUGUAUUUUCGAAAAAUGUGUAGCAGAGAUGGGUUUGACUAUGCACAAAUGGGAGGGCAAGAAAAGAAGGCGAAGGAAGAGAAAUAAUACAAUAGAGGACGAAAUCAAUUUUAUUGUAAAGGGUUUUGAAUCAGAGGUUAUUAUUUAGAAUACAUUUUUUUAACUGUUUUCAUUGUUUUUUUAUUAAUAUAUAACCUACAUCAUGUCACCCCUAUAGCCCCACGGUAUACAUACCAAUGGGGGCAAUGUAAUAGACCGGCAAAGAGCAUACGGAUUACCUGAUGGUAAGCAAUCAGCACGGCUCAAGGACAUCCUCAUCACCAAAGGAGAAUUACAAGUGCGUUGCCGACCUUUUAGAGAUAAGGGUGUCAGAUAGAUGUUUAAGUAUUGGGGGCGGGAUUGGGCCUCCGGUAACCUCACUAAUACGGCGAAACAAAACGCUGUGGUUGUUUCACGCCGAAUUUCUAUGAGUCAACCUAUUCGUGCCGAAGCAUGGCUCUCCCACA